AGCGGGCGGCGGGACGCGGCGGCGUGGCCGAGCUCCUCCUGCGGCGAGGCUGCCCGGGACCGGCACGUGGGCAGCGGGCCAUGGCGGCCCCAAUCACCUGCCCGGAGCGCGGCCAAAUCUCCGGCCAGGCAAAAAUAGACCUCUUAUUAGUUGGAGAUGUCACUGUUCAGUACCUGGCAGAUAUUGCUCAGAAAUCCUUUUCAAAUAUUGCAAAAGUCACCAUUACCAUGAGGGAUGUGGAACAGGCAGCAGUACUUCUGGAGAACUGCCCAUUUGAUGUGGUUUUCCUGAAGAUGACUUCUUUACCAACUGCCGAAGAGCUGGAAGCAGUUGAAUUAAUUAGAUUUGGCAAGAAGAAAAAUACACAUUUGCUGUUUGUUUUUAUAACCCCUGAAAAUUUUAGAGGUUGUGUUUCAGGGCAUGGAGCUGACAUUACUUUAAGUGAACCACUGACAAUCGAGAAAAUGAGUAUUGUGGUAAAAUACUGGAAAACCUAUUUCUCAAAUACCGUUAAGAAUGAAUAUUCUAUGAAGCCCGAAGAACCUGGAUUGCCCCUGCUGAAGUCCUGCAGUGAACAAUUGGGAUAUUUUUCUACUGAUCUAUUUGCUUGCUCUGAAGCUCUAAGAAAUGACAUUGGGCUUGAAUUAAAGGCUCCAGUGCCAGAUUCUGAGAAAAGCAAAAAGAUUUCUCUUCUUCAUUCAAGCAAGGAAAAGCUGAGAAGAGAACGAAUCAAGUAUUGCUGUGAGCAGCUGCGUACUCUGUUGCCAUAUAUAAAGGGGAGAAAGAAUGACACGGCUUCUAUUCUUGAGGCAACCGUUGAUUAUGUGAAGUACAUCCGGGAGAAAAUCCCUCCAGCUAUUAUGGGCCAGAUUACAGAGGUACUUCAGAGCAAUAGGAGGUUUUGUAAGAAACAGCAAAUGUCCAUCCAGCUGUCCUUUCCAGGCACAAUCAUGGCACAAAGGGAAAAUGGUGUGUUGACAAGCACUUAUUCACCUAUGAGAGGGAUCAGAUUCCUGGCUAAUAAGUGCUUGAAUGUGUACUCUGUUCCUGCCUCAGGGGGCUCCUUGGAUGAACCUGUAAGAGGUCAGUCCAGCUCUACUUCAGAGAAUGCAAUUGGUGAUAUGUAUAAAACUCGAAUUCCCAGCAAAGCUCUCUCUCUUAAUUCUUUCCAUGCUGUCAGAUACUAUUCUAAAGUCAUCCCUUCCUAUGAUGCAGCUGCCAUAACAAAUCAGAACAUUUCAGUUCAUUUUCCAUCAGCUGUUCCUAAAGUCUCAAAGUUUCUUCCUCAGCACUGCAAUUCUGUGCUGGGCCAGACGUGCACAACACAUCCCAACUGUCUGCAACAGUUUUGGGCAUAUUAAUAGCACAUGUUUGAAAUUCACACUCUAGACCACCUGUUGGUUGCAGUUUGACAAUACAGGAAGAAUGGAACAAAGACUGAUCUUGAAAGCUACACCCAGAG